AUGGAGCCAGGUGGUGAGGUGGCACAGUAUAGGACUGCUCCCGGCGGCAGUAGGGCGGCGGGCGUGCAGGGCGGAGUACGUGAGAUCGAGAGGGACGCCACUACAAUGCCGUUGCCCUCGAGAGAAGGUCUGACUACACCGAGGAGUGCUCGUACUCCUAUCACCCGGAAGACUCCGACCACCUUUCCACAUCAACGCUUGAAGAAGGAGAAGUCCCUGGACAGCCCCCCGGAAAUGGACUCGCCUGUGGGUAGCGUCAGCAGCGACCUGCGCCGCCAGAACGAGGAGCUGCGAGCCCGUCUCGCCGGCGAGUCUGCCGAUCACAAGCGGCGACUCGACGCCUACCGCCGCGCUCAGCAGGGGCAGGCGGCUUUAGUCUCGAGACUGCAAGCUAAGGUGUUGCAAUACAAGCAACGAUGUUCGGAGUUGGAGACCCAAAUGCUGGAGACUACUCCUCGCAGCGACCCGUCCACCUACCGGCCGGGGAAGAGCGCCAUCGCGCUCCCGCCGCCGAGCACUCUGCCCACCUCCGGGAGCUGCGCCGACUCCCGGAGGGACGAACGCAUCAACGACUUGGAGACGGCACUGCGCCGCCUCGAUGAGGAAAAGCGCAAGUGUGAGAAAUUGGUGUCUCAGAACAACUUACUCCGUGAUCAACUGGAGGAGUCCCAUCAGUUGAAUGAAGCUCUCACGGGUGACCUGCAGAAGCUGACUAACGAUUGGGAAGCUCUCCGAGAUGAGAUGUCCAUCAAGGAAGAUGAGUGGAAGGAUGAGGAACAGGCUUUCAAUGACUACUACUCAAGCGAGCACAACCGCCUACUCAAUCUGUGGCGUGACGUGGUGGCAGUGAAGAGAUACUUCAAUGAACUGCAGGCCAGCACUGAGCGAGACCUGUUCCGAGUGAAGAGCGAUCUGGACUCGUCUGUGCGGGAGCUCGUGGGCACUCUUACUGGAUACUCGAUCAACACACACGCCUCACAGGGGAUAAAGCCGGACAACCAUCCAGCCCUAAUGCAGUGUCUCUCCGGAUCCACCACCAGCGUGGGUCUGGAGACUUUACGCGUCGAACUGCGGGAUAUGACGUCACAGCGCGACACGGCGCUGACCGAGCUGCGUGAAAGAGACGCACGUAUACAGCGGCUCUUGGGAGAACUACAGGGAUUGGAGGAGCGAUGCGAGUGCGCAGAAGUGGCGUGUUCCGAAGCUAAUGUUAUGCGAUCCGCGUUAGAAGAGGUCGCUCGAGCGCUCAUACACGACUCUGACUGCGAUCCUGGCACUCUGCACCAUGUGUCUGACAGAUCUCCCAAGCGUAGCGUAUCGCAGACGGCCAACGCGACAGCGUUCGCAGAGAGCACCAUAUCAGCGGUGCAGGCGGCUCUCCACAAAUACCAGAUACAAAUACACGAGUUGCAGGUGAAACUUCAGAAUGCUCGGGAGCAACUUGCGACGAACAGGAAGCAGUGUGAGACAGCCGACUGUAAUGUCACAUCGCUGGAGUCUAAGGUGCAAGAUUUGCAAGGUAAAUUGGAUCAGGCGAACGCUGAUCUCAAUCAAAUGAUGCAGGAGAAGGAGAUGAUGCAGAAGACCAUAGAGACCUUGAGAAUAGACAAGAACAACCUGGAAAGGAACAGACUUGAAAUCAACGCUAUGGUGGAGUCUUUGACAUCUGACUAUGAGAAACUGCAGAAGAUAAACUGUCGGCUGGAGAAGAACAUAGAAUCGUUAGAGAACGAGAAGCGGACACUCGGCGCUGAGGUCGACCAUUUGCAUCGCGAGGCGGCUAACAGGGAAUCUGUACUUAGAGCUGAAGAGGAGAGGUCAUCUCGCCUCCGGUCGGAGCUAGUAAGCACGAGGGAAGAACUUCACAAGACCUCAUUGUGCCGAGACCUGCUGGACCAACAGAAGCUGGAGGCCGACUCCAUACUAGCGCAAAUGGAGAAACAUAGAAGUGAAUUGGAGAUUGAGUUGGAGAGGACUAUAAUGGAGAGAGGAGACUUACAAGAGCUGGUGGAGAAACUCGAGGCGGCCGUCAGGAACUUGGAGGGGGACAAGAGGAAACUGCAGGACGAUGUGAAACACCUAGAAGACGAGAAGUCUUCCCUAUCGAACCAGUCAUCAGAACAGCAGGGCGAUCUCAACUCCUUACGUAAAGAGUUACUGGUGGCGGAACAGACGCGGAUGGAGUUGGAAGCCGAUAAAGCGUCCCUCUGCGAGAAGAUCAAGUUCCUGGACGGGGAGAGGGAGAAGGUGGAGUUGGAGUUGAGACAGGUGGCCAGGGAACGCGGCGAGCUAAGCUCCCAGCUAUCAGGCAUGGUUCGCAAGAAAGACGCCCUCAAUGAAGAGAUGAUGAGACUGCAGCAACGGCUCGAGCAAGCCAACGAGACCAUAGGCCGGGUCAAUAGAGCCCUCGAAGAACACGCUAAAGACGGCGAGGAAAAACAAAUCCUCAUAGAUAGCUUGGACAAAGAUCGGCAACACCUCCAAGAACAGCUUGCCAGCGUUAGAGCUGAGAAGGACGCUCUAGAAGCCGUGCUGUUUGAUACCGCCAAUAUGCUCGACGAUUCUGACAACAAAAGGAAUAAGCUAGAACAAGAUCUGCAAGAGGCUAAGGUCCAGCUGGAGAACUUUAAAGGUCAAAUCAGUCGCCUCACCAAGGACUUGGAGAACAGUGAGAAGAAAUUACGCGACACUCGCAACAGCUUACAACAGCAGGCCGGCAAGAAGGAGGCAGAAUAUCAGCAACUCAUUGCCAAUCUGAACCGCACUACUACGGAUAACAUCACCAAGCUCAAAGAGGAGAAGGAGCAACUCCGUCAAUCCUUGGAGCAUAAGUUGAACCAGACGGUCGCGACGCUGACGAGCGAGAAAGAAGCAUGCGAGGCCAGCGCGAGGGAGAGAGAGAAGAAGCUAUUGGUGACACGAGACCAACUCAUAUUGCAACACGACGAGGCAAUGCUCAGAGCGGAGAACGAUAAGCAACAGGCAUUGCUUAUGGCCCACCAAGAGCAGCAAGCAUUGAUAGAACGUUAUGAAGAAGCGAAGCGUGCCUUAGACUGUGAACAGAACAAACUGGAGAGACUGAGAAGGGAAGCUCAAGCCCGCGCUGACCAGGAUCGCGCUUUCAAUAAUCAGCUUAAGGAUGAAGCGGCUGCUUUGAAGACACGUCUCGAGGAAGCUAAGGCGGCGGCUGAAGAUGACUGCGCUCGUUACGAGACGCGCAUCAAAGAGUUACACUUGGAGAAAGAAUCUGUUUGUCGCGAGUUGACAGAAACUCGCGCGCAACUCUCAUUGGCCGAGGAUAAGUACGAUAAUGCGUACGCGCAGCUGCAGGACACCAUGAGGAAACUGAAGGAGUUGGAAAACGAAGCGGACAGUCUCCGCAAAGAGUUGACCGACGUCCGUCGUCAGUUGACCAACUGUACCGCGGAAAGGGACAAAUAUAACAGCAGUUGCCGCGAGUUGAGAGAACACGUCAAGAGAUCCGAACACGAGAGACGGGAAGCUGUGAGGACCAGAGAUGAUGCUUACCACAAGAUCGCUGGACUGGAGGAGACCCGCACUUCGUUAGAAUUGGAGCUGUCUCGGGUCCAGAACAUGUUGAAGGAAUGCGAGAGUGGAGGCGACCACGUCUCCAGAGAACUGAAGACUACUGAAGCUCAGCUGAAGAGGGAACGGGCUGCCUUGGAACAAGCUCAACACGAUAUCAAGGAGUUGCAGGCCAGGCUGCAGAACGAGAGCGAGGAGCGGGAACGUUGCGGCAACGACGCGGCCGCGGCGCGGCGACACGGCGCCGAGCUCGAGGCGAUGCUCAACGCCUGCAGGAACGAGCUCAACAACACCCGCGCCCGCGCCGCUGAUCUGGAGGAGGCGUGCCGCGCUAGAGACCAGGAACUAGUACUACGUCUAGAAGAUUGUCGUUCCAAGGAGCGGCGACUGGAGGAGUUGAAGCACAAUUUGGAAGUGUGCCUCGCCGAUGCAACGCAACAGAUACAAGAGCUGAAGGCUCGUCUUGGCGGUAGCGAAGGCCGCUGUCGCGCUCUAGAAGCUUCUUUAACACAAUGCGAGACCGGCAAGCGUGAGGCAGAAGCAAAACUGUCGUCCAUAGCCCACGCCUUAAGGCGAGUGUGUGGAGUCCAACCCGAUGGCAGUGUCCACGCGGCCACAAGGAAGAGGCUAUCCAGUCCUGCUAGAAGAUAUAGCCCGCAUAGAGGUCGCGAUCGUGACCACUCUGAAGACCGCAACGAAAUCAUCGACGUGGACCCCGAACUCAUCAAGAAGGGCGUCAGGAAUCUGAUGCAUGAAGUUUGUCAGAUUGAGAGGGAAAAGGACGACCUCAAAUCCCAAGUAACAAUGAUGAAGAAGCAGUUGAAGGAAGCGAGCGAUCAACAGGGCAAGGGUGAAGGCAAGCUGCAAGCCGUCACCAGCAACCUGCGGAGCGUGCAGGAAGAUCGCGCGCGCCUGCAGGCCCAGUGCGGACAGCGGGAGGCGCAGCUCAACGCAUUGAACGAGUCAGUGCAGACGAAAACGGUUGAGAUCAGCAACUUGAGAGACAAGAUCACGAGCCUGGAGGCAACGCUCAGUUCCGUCACCGAUGAGAAGGUCCAGAACGAGAACAAAUCGGAAAACUUGCGUGUACAAUUAGCAGAACGGGUGCAGGAAGUGGCGCAACUACGAGAGGCAUUAGCGGCUGCAGAAGGUCGUGCGGCUCGUUUAGAUGUCCGUCGUGCUCAAUUAGAAGGCGAUAUACAGCGAGCUGCCGUCGCAGCACGAGACAGAGAUCAGGCGCUCAAGAAACUGCAAGAACGCUGCGAAGGCUACACACGCACUAUAACCUCGCUAGAAGAAAGGUGUACCUCUCUUAAGGGUACUGUGGAACAGCUCUCCGCUUCGCUGCAAAAGGCGGCCGCCGCUGAAAGCGAAUUACGUUCCGAUCUCGCCAAGACUCAGCGCCAACUGAAUGAGGCCAAGAACAACGAGCACAGUGCUGUAGACAAGCUGAGACAGAUGCAGAAGAAUGUCUCAAAUUGCGAGAAUGAAAGACGAGUUUUAACCGAGAAGCUGGAGAGCGCUAAAUCUGCUCUGGGCGAACUGAAGAGGCUCAACUCUUCGCUGGAAGACCAGGUGCAUCGCCUCACCAACCAGCUAUCCAACGUGGAGGUUCAGAGAUCCGGCCUAGAGUCCCAACUGCGCAUGACCACGUGGGACGGCAAAGACAGCAGCGAUAGCGAGUUAGAACGAGAACUGCAUAACUUACAGCGUGAAAGAUCCGAACUGAAGGCCAAAUGUGACGCCUUACAAGACAGAGUGAGCAAACUGGAGGCCGAACGACGCAUGGUCACCAGACCCUCGGCUUUAAGAAGCAAGAGCCAUGACAGGGCUGAUAAGAGUGUCUACUACUCAGACCUGGAUUCAGGUGCCGAUUCGACGAAGGAUUCUAUACGUCCUUAUAAGGACGUUUGCAUCCCGACCAAGGACAAGGGAUGCGUUGAUCUCACACUUCUAGAGCUCGAGAAUAGAGAACUGAAAGUCAAAAUAAGACGGUUGGAGAAGGACUUGGCUGAUAAGGAAGCUGAGUUAUCCCAGGCGCGUAGUCGGUACAUGUCAGAGCUGGGGUGCCGUUCUCCUAGCCGUCGCGAAGACGUUGAGCAAUACAGACAAGCGGCACUGGAGGCUGAACGAAUGCUGGAGACCAGGGAGGCCAACUAUCGCCACCAGAUCAUGCGGCUGGAGCACCAGGCGGCGCAGCUUCGUUCGCAACUAUCGGCGGAGAUCCGGCGCCGGCAGUCGUACGUGGCCCGCAGCGGGCGCGCCGCGCGGGACAUGCAGCGCCUGCGCAGCGCGCUCGGAGACUCCCUGCGCACCGUGUCGCAGGACCCAGCGCUGGACUCAUACACGUUGGAACACGAGGCCAGGAAGUUGGACAACACGCUCGCACAUAGCCUACCGCCGCUCAACGACAGCUCAGACUACUCCAAAUAAUUCCGCGAAUAAUGCAUUACCCUUAGAUUAAAACAUAAAGGGAAGAUACGGUACGCUCAUAUUAGCAUCAAAUAAAAUAUGCUCCGACUCAACUACAUGAGCAACUCUCACACACGCACACGCCUGUAUAUAAACAUUCAAUCGAGCGAGCGAGACAGAAUUAUACGCUUCAACGCAGCGCGAGCGAAAUGGCUUGUCCGCGGCCGGGUCCGCACGGCUGAGCUGUAUUGUUGUCCUUUUCUUGAUAACAAAAUGGCGAUUACGUAAAUGACAUUCACGACAAACCAAUAAUGCUUAUGACCAAAUAAUAAUGUUUGAGUAAAAAAUGUUUUUACAGUUUUACGAAGACAUUGGUCAAGUCGAUUCUAGCAUGAUUUUCUAAACCUAAACUUAAAUUUUACUGCAGUAUAUCCUUGUCAUUCUCUAUACAGAAUGAAAAGGAGAGACUGGUGUUAAAUUGAGUUUCAAGUUUAGAGAAUCACGCCAGAAUUGUCACCAUUUUUUAAUCUUUAUAACACAGAAUAUACGCAAUAUCGUUAUAUUGAGUGCACAUCCAGCGUGUUUGAAUGUCCAAUUGUGACUGAAGCGAAUUGUGGUCAUGCACCACAAUUUAAGCGGAUCACUUUUGAGCCGCGAGUGCCGUAUCUUCCCUUUUUGUUUUAAUAUAAGGCAUUUCACUAUGUUGUCGAAGAAAAUUGACUACUAUUACAAAGCAUUAAGAUUGUAGAGGAGCGAGCUUCCCUUUUUUUAUAGUAAUUGCUGUCACACACAGUCUGUCGUCACUCAACAACAGCUCUGACUUUUCCAAAUAAUCCCUAUGGUGUUGAAGAAAUUUGACUUCUAUUACCACGCACUAAGAGUGUUGGCGUGCGAGCUCUCCCUGUAGUUUUGGCACCUUGUCUGUAAUCUUCGUUACGAAAAGCGGAAACAAUGUUAACACAUGAAAAAAUAUGUUGAAUAGCGUCAAACACAGACCGUCAAAUUAUGAAGUAACUGAAUAACUAAAAGUCGGUAAUAAAUAAUACCUAACUACCUAGGAACUUCAGAGCAAUUUAAUUAGUCGCGUUAUAAGUAUUUAUGGACAUUUCAAAUGAAAGCCAAAUCUAACAAAAAGAUUAUACAGUAAAUUUUUACAGCUUCUCGUGAUGGCGAAUAUAGAACUUUAUUUCGGCAAAUUUGCAAUUAAUUCAAGAAAUAAUUUGUGAUGCAAUUUUAUAUAUAUAAGCAAACGCAUUCUAGUCAUACGGUUUUUAUGAAUAAGGGCAUAGUUUAUAUAAUGCAAUAGGGAUGAUGACUAAUUUUUUUUUGCUUCGUUUAUCAGGUAGAUUAUCA